AUGCAGUGCGAUGCUACGCGCCCUGUGUGUAACCGAUGUACGCGAUUUGGGCGCACUUGUCCCGGCUAUCCUGACACCUUUGCGUUUAAAUCCUUCGAUGGCGUGUCGAACCGCCUAUCCUCAGUCCCCGAAUCGGAUAGCACACUACAGAUGGAACCUCGCACCGACCAGGAUGCACUUGCAUCAGUAGCAAAUGUUGAUCUCCAGCUGCAUACCGCGUAUCCACCAUCUCUGCCCCAGUAUAUCCCGACCACUUGCACGGAUUCCUCCUCACUUGCUUUCUUUUUCCAUCAUCACGUAUUAAUCGUCGACAAGUCGCCCUGUGGCGGCCAUCUUGCCUUUCUACCGGAAUUUUACCAGGAAAAAGAAACAGUGCCCUGCCUCAGGCACGCCAUUCUAAGUAUCGGCUAUCUCUCUCUGUUCAAGACGCAUCGGUCGCGCAUCUUCUGGGUCCAGGCGGCAAGGAAUUACAGUGCUGCGCUGGCUGCUCUCGCUGCAGCGAUCGAGACGACCGAGUCGGCUGUUCGAGAUGAGGUCUUUGCUUCGGCUUUGUUUCUAAGCAUGUUUACGGAUCUGGACAGUACGCAGAGAACACGGGUAAACGCUCAUAUCCCUGGUGUUUAUGCGUUGAUACAGGCGCGAGGCACUGCUUCGCUAAGCGGGAAAUACGCCCGGCGUCUCCUUGCUUGGGCGUUUAAUCAACUACAAACACAGGCAAUGGCGAAUAAUGAAUAUGGGUAUUCGUACUUUCCAUCGCUCUUCCAGGACAUACACAGACCAGACAGCGUUUGCCGAGCAAUCAGUUUGGUCAAUGCGAUUUCAGGAUUCUGCCAGUCUACCACGGACGCAAAGAACCUACAGGGAUCGCGUUCCACGUUUGCCGCUGAUGCUGAGAAUGUCUUGAAUGAAAUUGUCAGAUGGGAACAGAGUCUCCCCGGGCACUGGAAGCGACAGCUUCAGGAAAUGAAGCGUACUGAUAUACCAUGUACCGAAAGAGUUAGCAGUCUCAAUACCUGGACUGCGUGCUUCUUGGCUCUCAUCAACUCAAGCAUCCUCACGUUCUACAUCCAAUACUUGGAUCUGUGCGCCAGUUCCCUACCCUACUGCGAUGCCGUUAUAGAGCCCAACCUGCCAUUUUACCACUCCAACAUCCCACAGCGGAUCGCAGACUCAAUUAAUAUUAUCUGCUCCUCAGUCCGCUACACAUUAGGCGAUUUUAACGCCAGCUUGCAGUUCCAACCAUUGGAGCAUGUUAGUCAUGGCGUCACCUACAAUCUACACUGGCCGACGUCGCUUGUUUCCAACUGUCCCUUUGCAUCGCCGGACCAGGUCUCUCUUUGCACAGAAGCACUGCGGCAUACCGAAGGCACAUGA